AAACCAACUCCCAAGCAACUUCAACCUCCACCUUCUUGCAAAAUCUCUUUCUCUCGGGAUUCCUGUCCUAUCACUCAACCCAUUUUGAAGAAAAAAUCGCUCUUUCUCUAUUACAUCUGAACAGCAAAAGUUUUCAAGAGUCCAAGUUUCCUGCUGCCUAACUUCCUAUGAAAUUUGAUCUUGGUUAGGAGAGACUGCGUGAGAGAGAAACAGAGGCAGAGAGAAAGAGACUACUGGUUCACUUUCCUUUCUCUCUCUAUCCCCUUUCCCCCGUCUCUAGAUUUGCUCAUAUGUGUAAUUCUAUGCAAAUUACUGAGAGCUGAGAUCAAAACAUUGACAAUAAUUUGGUGGGUAUUCAGCCAUAUAUUCUAAGAUCAGAAUUGAGAAGGAAGAUGUUUGGUUGUGAGUGUGAUUGCUGGGAUAAUGUUUCUGAAAUCUACCCCUUUGAACCAGAACACUUUGCUCUGCCUUCACCUCUACCACAAUGGCCUCAAGGUCAAGGUUUUGCUACUGGAAGAAUAAACCUUGGAGAAAUAGAAGCUGUUCAAAUCACCCAGUUUGACAGUAUUUGGAGCUGCACUCCGUUGCAUGGAAAAGGAAAAGGUGUUACAUUCUAUAAAGCAGUGGGAAUCCCAGAUGGUUUUUCCAGCCUCGGUCAUUACUGUCAGCCAAAUGACCGGCAACUCAGGGGUUAUGUUCUUGUGGCCAGAGAUGUGGCUUCUAGCAAGUCAGCAGAGAACAAUAUUCAUAACUCGAUCUCAAACCUUCCAGCUCUCACAAAGCCUCUUAACUACACCUUAAUUUGGAGUUCAAAAUCAAAUCAUAAUGGAGUUGGUUACGUUUGGCUGCCAAAUGCUCCAGUGGAUUAUAAAUCUAUGGGCUUUGUGGUUACCAAUGAGCCAGAUGAACCUGAGCUUGAAGAAGUUAGAUGUGUCCGCUCUGAUCUUACCGAGACUUGUGAAGCUUUUGAUAUGAUAUUUGACACGGAUUCAAUGUGUUCUUCGUUUCAAGUUUGGAAUACAAGACCCAGCAAACGGGGGAUGUUGGGCAAAGGUGUUUCUGUCGGGACAUUCUUCUGCAGUACCUGCGUCAAUUCUGGGGAUGAGUUCAAUAUCACUUGCUUGAAAAAUCUAGACUCAACUUUACAGGCAAUGCCAAAUCAGGAUCAGAUCCACGCUCUCAUCAAGCACUAUGGACCUACAGUUUUCUUCCAUCCAGAUGAUAUUUAUAUGCCCUCAUCAGUGAGAUGGUUUUUCGAAAAUGGAGCGCUUCUGUACAAAAACAGCAAUGAUAUGGGUGUAAACAUUGAUUCUAAAGGCUUGAAUUUACCAGCCGGUGGGAAAAAUGAUGGGCAGUUUUGGCUUGAUUUGCCAGAUAAUGAUGAUAAAAGAAAUGUUAUCAAGUGUGGUAAUAUUGAGAGUGCUGAGCUUUAUGUUCAUGUAAAACCAGCGAUGGGGGGAACUUUCACUGAUAUUGUCAUGUGGGUUUUUUGCCCCUUCAAUGGACCUGCUACCAUUAAAGCUGGUUUGGUGAAUAUUGCUAUGAGCAAAAUUGGUGAACACGUUAGCGACUGGGAGCAUUUCACCCUUCGUUUGAGUAACUUCACUGGAGAGCUAUGGAAUAUGUACUUCUCACAGCACAGUGGUGGCGAAUGGGUGGAUGCCUGUGACUUGGAGUUCAUCGAAGGAAAUAGGCCAAUUGUCUAUUCAUCAAAAUGUGGACACGCAAGUUUCCCACAUCCUGGUAGCUACAUUGAGGGCUCUUCAUUACUAGGAAUAGGCGUGAGGAACGAUGCUGCUCGAAGUAAUUAUUUCGUGGAUUCCAGCACGAAGUAUGAAAUGAUUGCAGCGGAGUAUCUUGGACAUGGAGUUGUUAAGGAACCACAUUGGUUGCAGUAUAUGAGAGAGUGGGGUCCGACCAUCGUAUACGAUUCGCGAUCUGAAUUGGAUAAAAUAAUCAGUUACCUUCCCUUUUUUCUUAGAUUUUCAGUAGAGAGCCUAUUUGAAUUGCUUCCGACUGAGCUUUACGGUGAGGAAGGGCCAACCGGACCAAAGGAAAAGGACAAUUGGGUGGGGGAUGAAAGAGAUUAGAAAGUGACAUUCAGUAUUUAUCAAACUUUGUCCUUUCCUUCUUCCUCAGUCGACUCAAAAAAAAUAUUGCAAUUGAGCUCCGUAUUAAGCAUAGUGUGUGCAGAGUCUCAUAAAGAAUUGUCAGUUCAGGCCUUGUGUUGUAUGUUGAAAAGCAUGCUGCUACAUUGCAAAAUUGCUGCUGCAUGGAAGAACUGUGUCGUCUUUGUAAUGUAAAGCUUGUUCUAUCAGCUAUAAUGGAUGCAUUGAAGAAGAUUUUCACACAUUGACCGCUCAAUGCUUGUAUAUGACUGUAGAAGUGGCAAACGGGUAGGUAACGGAUGGUGGCACUACUGGUCCAAUCCCUUUUUAAACUGCUUUUUAAAUGGGUCACGAUGGGUUAAAUAGGGUUAAUCUCAUUUUAUACCCCGAAAGAUUGUUCGAAU